CCGGGGCGGAUGGCACGGGCCGCCUGUCUCCUCCGCGCGAUCUCGCGCGCCCUCCUGCUCCCGCUUCCUCUGCUGCUCCUGUUGCUGCUGCUCUUGCCGCCGCAGCUGAUGGCCCGGGCCAGGCCACCGGAGAGUCACCGUCACCGCCCUGUGAAGAGAGGGCCUCAGCUCCUGCCCGCAGCUCUGCCUAAUAGCUUGACAUCUGUCCCCGCCUCCCAUUGGGUCCCUGGUCCUGCUAGUAGCUCCAGACCUCUGCGAUGUGGUGUGCCUGACCCGCCGGAUGUACUGAACGCCCGAAACCGGCAGAAGCGCUUCGUACUGUCGGGAGGGCGCUGGGAGAAGACAGACCUCACUUAUAGGAUCCUCCGGUUCCCAUGGCAACUUGUAAGGGAGCAGGUGCGGCAGACCGUGGCAGAGGCCCUCCGGGUAUGGAGUGAGGUGACUCCGCUCACUUUCACCGAGGUGCACGAGGGACGCGCUGACAUCAUGAUUGACUUCACCAGGUACUGGCAUGGGGACAACUUGCCAUUCGAUGGGCCUGGGGGCAUCCUGGCCCAUGCCUUCUUCCCUAAGACCCACCGAGAAGGGGAUGUACACUUUGACUAUGACGAGACUUGGACUAUCGGGGACAAGGGCACAGACCUGCUACAAGUGGCAGCUCAUGAAUUUGGUCAUGUUCUGGGCCUGCAACACACCACAGCAGCUAAGGCCCUCAUGUCCCCUUUCUACACCUUCCGCUACCCUCUGAGCCUUAGCCCAGAUGACCGGAGGGGCAUCCAGCACCUCUAUGGCCGGCCCCAGCUGACCCCCACCUCCCCGACCCCAACCUUGAGCUCCAGGGCUGGGACAGAUACCAAUGAGAUUGUACUGCAGGAGCCGGAAGUCCCUCCAGAUGUCUGUGGGACCUCCUUUGACGCAGUUUCCACCAUCCGAGGCGAGCUCUUCUUUUUCAAGGCGGGCUUUGUGUGGAGGCUGCGCAGUGGGCGGCUGCAGCCCGGGUAUCCUGCUCUGGCCUCUCGGCACUGGCAGGGACUACCCAGUCCUGUGGAUGCAGCUUUUGAGGAUGCCCAGGGUCAGAUUUGGUUCUUCCAAGGUGCUCAGUACUGGGUAUAUGACGGUGAGAAGCCAGUCCUAGGCCCCGCACCACUCUCCAAGCUGGGCCUGCAGGGGUCCCCGGUCCAUGCUGCCUUGGUCUGGGGUCCUGAGAAGAACAAGAUCUACUUCUUCCGAGGUGGAGACUAUUGGCGUUUCCACCCCAGAACCCAACGAGUGGACAAUCCGGUGCCCCGACGCGCCACCGACUGGCGGGGGGUACCUUCUGAGAUCGACGCUGCUUUCCAGGAUGCUGAGGGCUAUGCCUACUUCCUUCGUGGCCAUCUCUACUGGAAGUUUGACCCUGUGAAGGUGAAAGUCCUUGAAAGUUUCCCUCGCCCCAUAGGUCCCGACUUCUUUGACUGUGCAGAGCCUGCCAACACUUUCCGCUGACGACACCUCAGAUGCAUUCAGGGCACUUAUAUCAUUAAAGAGAGCCACAGCCAUAUUUGUGGACCUGGGCUUCAGGCAUGGGUCAGACGGGGCCUAGGUCUCCUCAGGGGAGUGGGUUGGGGUGCAGCCACUGUUUGCAGGGAGGACCAUGCUGGCCAUGGUCACCUGCCAACAACUGUCUCAGAGAAGGCAAAGGCUUUGACAUUACUUAAAAAUAAGGGAGGUCUUGGGCUGACAAUAUGUCAGCUACCAGUAAUCCACAGUCAACUUGACUGCCAAGCCUCCAUCUCUGUCCCACAAAGAACCCCCCAUGGGAAUUCAGGAACCACAGUGUCUUCAUUCUGUUUCUGUAACGAGGUCCCUGUUGGUAGUGGUGUUGGUAAUGAGAUGCCAAGGGUACCAUGGUGAGGAGAUGCCCAGGAUUCCAUGCUGCCACAGCUAAGCACCUGGGCCAGCAUCUCUCCUGGUUAAGUCGGCUCUGGAGAGAUACUGGACUGAUUAUAUUCAGAUGAGUGUUUCCUGGAACGUAGGCCAAAAGCUACACAGCCAGCCAGGGAGGCAGCUGCUUCCUCCCAGAGACACUGAGCCUCAGCGGCCUCACAUACCUCACAGCCUUGCCCUGGGCCAUUUCUCCCUGGGGCCUUCCCUCUUCCCAGCACCGGUGCCUCCCAAAGCCAUGUAAAUGUGUAUACAGUGUAUAAAGCCUUUUUUAAGAAAGCCGAGACUGUCAUUAAACAUGAGUGUUUUCUAAGU